GGCUAGGUCAGGUCUACCCGAGUUCCACACACACCGUGCUCUCUUGCGUGUGCCAUCCCGCCGAGGAGAGAACCAUACGAAGGCGGAGGCACAACCCCUUCGCGAAAGAGAGAACCGUCGCGAGCCUCUCGGUUCUCGCGAGUGGGUUCUCCGAAAGCGCUUCGAGAUUUUAAAAAGGAAAAAAAAAAAAGAAUUACGCGUCGCGUUCGCCAGUAAUAAACGAGAGAGAGAGAUUGGUGCCAAAGAGUGUGUGCCGUACUCCGGAAAGCCGGUGACAGUGCGCGUUCAUCGGAUGACGCUUCGAAAAGGAUGACGCGAGAAAGAUAUCCCGAUCGGUAGUGAAUAAUCGCCAGUGUUGAUGCGCGUGUGUUCGGGCCUUAAGCCAGAAUUGAUUUGCUCUCGAUUUGCUCCUAAGCAAGGUGAAGGAAGUAAAAGAAGAGAAGUGAGAAAACGUAUCUCCUCUGAGGAGAAUCUCUCAUCGUCGAUUCGCUCGGCGGUGGCGGCGAGAAUUGGCAUUGUUGACAAACAACAGAAAGUGACGGCGAUUCGGGCAAGGAAAUGUCUACCGAUCAGUAGGGAUCGAUUGCAAUUCCCUUUUUUUCGAUGUCCUGAUAAUCGAUAAGCGUCGUCGACGCGUAGGUGGCCGCGUAGGGACCGCCUAGGCAGUGAGAACCGGGGCAGCAAUCGGCCUUACCGACGUGAUUUCUCGCCCUCGUCAUCCGUGCAAUCUAUUGCGUGAUCACAGUUGGGUUAGAUAAAUGUUGAGGGUAAACGGCGCCCUGCGUCGCCCGCUAGCGCGAGGCCAGGAAAAUCGGACCCUAAGUGCAACCGGGGUCGGCGCGAUGCCGGUCUCUCUGAGGAAUCACAGGAUCACAUAAAGGGUGGCUACCGGUCCGCGACGAUUUUAGAGCCCUUCGUACCGCGCACGCACGGUCGCGCAACGGCGAAGGGAUCGUGGCAGAAGAGGGUGUUCUCCGGGUGAUCCAGAGUGGUGAACCUACCUACGCCACCACCUCGAGGAACAACACUGUCGUCGUGUUUGGCGGCAUCCGAUGCACCAAAAGCUCAAAGGAUGGAGGCUAGCGAGUGGGAUCACGCGACCUUGAGAGAGGAAGAAUUCGAGCAGCAUGCCGUAUAUUUGGUACCGGAUGUAUCGGCAUCACCGAGCGAUACCAAUCGUGCGGAGUCGUCCUUGCCACGGAACCUGGUCCUCAAACCUUCUCAAGCCCUCAACGAUGUGUUGGGUGUAUGGAGCACCAGUUACAUCCCCAAAGGAACACGUUUUGGCCCUCUGGUUGGUCAGGUGUAUACGAAAGAUUCGGUACCGGCAGACGCGAACCGGAAGUACUUCUGGCGGGUAUACAAGAACAACGAGCUGUUCUAUUACAUCGACGGUUAUGACGUUCAGAAAUCGAAUUGGAUGCGUUACGUGAAUCCCGCCUACUCGUCCGAAUCGCAGAACCUAAUAGCAUGCCAGUAUAAGAUGAACAUUUAUUUUUACACGAUCAAGCCGAUAUUACCGCAUCAAGAGUUGCUGGUUUGGUACUGCAGGGAAUUCGCGGAAAGGCUCAAUUAUCCGCUCACCGGUGAGCUGAUGCUUCAGAGAAUACGACAACAAGUACAACAAUCAACGCUACCAACGGAAAUUUCGCCCGCUGUCGAUGUGAUAUCGCCUCUGAAAGAUCCGUCAAUCUACGAGAGGCGUCAGAUGACACCAACAGAUGGUUCCGUGAGGUCAGAUGAGGGUUACCAUUCAAAUGGCUAUCAUGACGAGAUUUUGACACCACCUGAGGAAAGCAGUGAGUCCGAUAGUGAGAACAACUACGUGUUGGAUUUCAGUAAAAAUGCCAAAUCGUCAGUGUGCAACGAUGAGAUUCUGAAGCAGGACAACACCGUGGCGAAGAACGAAUAUAGGAAAGUUAAGAUCAAAAUUUCCAAGACCUACGGUAACUUCCAGGCGACGAAGGGUAUAACUGACGGCCCUACGAAGGAUAAGGACCAGGAGUUGUCUAGCCGAGCAGUCACUCCAGAACUCCAAAAGCCGGUAUCACCAAUCAUUCUGCAGAAAAGCACGGUUCUAUCGACUGUGACCGAAGAUGAGAUAUCCGAGAAGAACAUGAAACCCUUUUACGAGCCGGAAGUCAAAGGUGGUAAUCUGCCAAUGUCUGGCAGAUCCACCUAUAUAGCCAAUCCCAGUAGUUCCAUUCUGGAGAACAUUCUGCUACGUAACAGCACAGACAACAACAACAAUAGCCACAAUCAUCAUCAUAAUAGCGGCUCGCAACAACACCAUCAGCAUCAUCAACUGCAUCAUCAAACUCAUGUAGACUCAGUGACGCCACCUCCCUCCAGUCCCACCGAGAUGGCAUAUUCUUACAAGAAGUCUCAUCGUUAUGGAAACAUUUUACCCUGCAGCCCGGAUUCUAGUUCGAAUCUGCCCCUACAAACGGACUCGUGUGUGAAUUCGACCAGCGGCAACGGUGGUGCGCUAUCUAGCAUGCAGAGUCCCACCGGUAAUCUGCACUCCAGCACAGGAGGAGGGCUGCAUUCGAGCACUGCUGGAAACAACGGCAGCUUACCGCCGCAUCCGGGAAGUUUGCACUCGUCUAGCAACACCGGCGGCGGCAUACAUUCCAGCACGAGCGUGCUCUCGUCUAGCGCGAUGCUAACGUCUACCAGCCCGCAUUCGGCAUCCACAACGGCAAACGGUUGUCCGCUCAAGCGGAAGACCAAAUCGCCGUCGCCAUCGUCAAGUCAGAAUGGUGUAUCUACUCCAACAACGAUCCUUUAUUCGGGCAGCUCCGGGACCGCCGCUGGCUGUCAGAUCGAGUCCGCCAGUCCGGUUUACCCGAACUCCGCCGGCAGUAGCAGUAGCAGCACCAGCAGCAAUCAGAGCAUCUCGCCGAUUUCGCCUAUUCAAUCGCCCUCAUCCUACAGUCCGUACGGUAGUCUGUACGGCCACCAGAAUAGUUCGUUGCAUCACAACAUGGGCUCGUCGUUGUCUAUCAACUGCACCGCUUAUUCGCCCACGCCGAGCGGCAAUGUCGUUUACGAGAGGACGACGGAUGGCAGACGGUUAGAAGCCACCAGCAGCGGCGGUCAUCAAUUGCCCACCUCCUCAACUAUGCAAAUUGAUGGCAACCAAGCGUUGAUCACCGGCACACACAAUCUUCACCUCGGUCAUCACCCAGGUCUUACCAUUCAUCCAAACUCCUCGUCAUCACUCAACAGAUACUCACCGGCAAGCUCUUUAUCACCGGACGAUCAUGGUUGUUCCCAGAGCGGCUCCCUCAGCCCCAAUUCUCAGGGCUCGAGGGGUUAUAGAUCGCUGCCUUAUCCGCUCAAGAAAAAAGACGGCAAAAUGCAUUACGAGUGCAACGUCUGUUGCAAAACCUUUGGUCAGCUAUCAAAUCUCAAGGUACACUUGAGGACGCAUUCUGGCGAAAGACCCUUCAAAUGCAAUGUUUGUACCAAAAGCUUCACGCAACUCGCGCAUCUCCAGAAGCAUCAUCUCGUUCAUACCGGUGAAAAGCCGCAUCAAUGCGAGAUAUGCAAAAAGAGGUUCAGCUCGACUUCAAACCUAAAGACCCACCUUAGACUGCACUCCGGUCAAAAGCCGUAUGCCUGCGACCUUUGCCCUGCCAAGUUUACCCAAUUCGUUCACUUGAAACUGCACAAGAGGUUACACACAAAUGAACGACCCUACACCUGCCAAGGUUGCGAUAAAAAAUACAUUAGUGCAAGCGGCCUCAGGACCCACUGGAAGACAACGAGCUGCAGACCAAAUAACAUCGAGGACGAGCUCGCGCUCGCCGCAGCUGUGGGUUCGCCGACGUAUUACGAGUAUGGCCCUGAUAUGAAUGUUGGAAAUAUGCCCAAGGAAUGUGAGUUGGAGCACAUUGAUAAUUACGAUAGGCAUGGAUCGACACAUGGUCCACACUCCACGUCCCUCCACAACCUGGAAAAUUCUGUGGGUCGACCAAGCGUCAUAGAAACGUCCCAGCCGCACAUUAUUGAGUGUACAUAAGUACAUUACAAUGUUACAUAAAUACAUAAGUCACAUGGUGGGGUAUGAGCCCCCUUCUGCUCGAACGCAAAAUACAAUUGUGGAAACGUAAGAGAAUUGCUCGCGGCAAAAAAGAGAAUGAACAUGGGAGCUUUCUUUCUCUGGA